AUGGAUCUGGCUGUGGUCCUGGUGCUCUGUCUCUCCUGUCUGCUUCUCCUCUCACUCUGGAAACAGAGCUCUGGGAAAGGGAAGCUACCGCUGGGCCCCACUCCUCUCCCGAUUCUUGGAAAUAUCCUACAGUUAGAUGUUAAUAACAUUGGCAAAUCCUUAAGCAAUCUCUCAAACACCUAUGGCCCUGUGUUCACAGUGUAUUUUGGCUUGAGGCCCACUGUUGUGUUGCAUGGGUAUGAAGCAGUGAAAGAAGCCCUAAUUGAUCAGGGAGAAGAAUUUUCUGGAAGAGGCAAUCUCCCAAUGUCUCAAAGAUCUCUGUUUCCCCUCCGGGCAGGAAUCAUUUUCAGCAACGGGAAGAGAUGGAAGGAGGUCCGACGCUUCUCCCUCAUGACCCUGCGGAAUUUCGGGAUGGGCAAGAGGAGCAUCGAGGACCGUGUUCAAGAGGAAGCGCGCUGCCUGGUGGAGGAGUUGAGAAAAACCAAUGGGUCACCCUGUGAUCCCACUUUCAUCCUGGGCUGCGCUCCCUGCAAUGUGAUCUGCUCCAUUAUUUUCCAAAAUCGGUUUGAUUAUACAGAUCAGAAUUUUCUUAACUUGCUAGACAAAUUUAAUGAAAAUCUCCAGGUUGCGAGCUCCCCAUGGAUGCAGGUCUGCAACACUUUCCCUAUUCUCAUCGACUAUUUCCCAGGGAGUCAUAACAAACUAUUUAAAAAUUUUGCUUAUAUAAGAAGCUAUGUUUUGGAGAAAGUAAAAGAACAUCAAGCAACUCUGGACAUUAACAAUCCUCGGGACUUCAUCGAUUGUUUCCUGAUCAAAAUGGAACAGGAAAAACACAAUCAAGAGAUGGAGUUUACUUUUGAAAACUUGAUAGCAUCUGUGUCUGAUUUGUUUGGAGCUGGGACAGAGACAACAAGCACCACGCUGAGAUAUGGGCUCCUCAUGCUGCUGAAACACCCAGAGGUCACAGCUAAAGUCCAGGAAGAGAUUGACCAUGUGAUCGGCAGACAUCGGAGCCCCUGCAUGCAGGACAGAAGCCACAUGCCCUACAUGGAUGCUGUGGUGCACGAGAUCCAGAGAUAUAUUGACCUCGUCCCCACCAAUCUGCCCCAUGCGGUGACCCGUGACAUUAAAUUCAGAAACUACCUUAUCCCCAAGGGCAUGACUGUAAUAACAUCACUGAGUUCUGUGCUACAUGAUGAGAAAGAAUUCCCCAACCCAAAGGUAUUUGACCCUGCCCACUUCCUGGAUGAGAGCGGCAACUUUAAGAAGAGUGACUACUUCAUGGCUUUCUCAGCAGGAAAACGAAGUUGUGUGGGAGAAGGCCUGGCCCGCAUGGAGCUGGUUUUAUUUUUGACCUCCAUUUUACAGAAAUUUACCCUGAAAUCUGUGGUUGACCCAAAGGACCUCGACACCACCCCAGUUUCUAGUGGGUUUGGCCAUGUACCGCCCCCAUACCAGCUCUGCUUCACUCCUCUGUGAUGAAGGGCAGUCCAUCGGCUGCUGCUGUGCUGUUGUCUGUAAUUAACUCUCAUCUGGGCUAUCACUCACCUCCUUCUUACUACCAGGGAUACUCUUUCUGACCGCCCAUCUCAUACUGCCACAAUUUUCUCAGUAUCCAGUGAAUAUCCAACUUCCAUGAAAGGAAAGUCUCCUGAGUUUUACUGCACAAAUGUAUUUGCUGUCCUCAUGUUCUGUAACACUUAUAUUGACUACCACAUAUGCUAAUACUUCUUAGUACCAUGUUAUCUCUGUAAAACAGAGUGGAAUUGUUGGUAUAAGCCAACACACAGCCAUUUGCUCUCCAGAUGUUCUAAAUAAAAAGCAGCAGUAUUUGCUGAGCCAGUCUCAGACUUUCCUUCUUUUGUACGUAACGCAGGUAAGGAAUGAAUGAAAGUAAGAGUCUGAAGAGGCCGUGCUUGUGCUCGUAAUGAUACACAGAGAGGGACAAAGGGUAAGAGGGCAGGAAAACUCUUUGCUGAGUAUCACCUGGGCUUACUUGAAGAUUGGAUUUGGAAAUGAGAGAAAUUGUGUCCAAGAGCAGGUCCAGCCUGUAGGGAAAUAGUGAGAAAAUCAGCAUUUGGGAGGACUGAAUAAUAAGUGUUGGAAUUCAUUCCUCUGGUUGGUGUUACUGUGAACACUAAAAGAAGAUAUGAAAUGUUCACAUUACUUUGUGUUUCAAACUUAUAGUCAAAUAUUAACCUAUGUUUCUCUAUUUCUAAUCAUGUACUCUAAGUGUUAUUCUUUUCUCUCUGAGCAAGAACAAAAUCCCUAGAAGGUGUCACCAGAUUCUAUUUUUUUCUACUUUCCAUCACAUUGUUUUAUAUGUAACAUCAGUGGUGGUCAUAUGAUGCUAUGAUCCUGAACUUUUUAGUCUCAAGACAUCUCUGAAAUACAGACAGCGGAGAGAUAAAGAAUAUCUUUGGGACUUAUCCCUGAAACACUAAUGGAAAUGAGAAUUAGAAAUUCCUGUUGAAGGUUUUAUUAAUAUUAUAGUAUAGAAGAUUUGACUUAUUUUAAGGAAACAUAGAGUUGGACUGUGAAGAAAGCUGAGCGCCAAAGAAUUGAUGCUUUUAAACUGUGGUGUUG